GCCAAUUUUUUCCUGCUUCUCAGUACCAUUCGUUUUAAUAAGGCUGUGCAGUAUAUCAAGAUGACGAAAGGGACAAGCAGCUUCGGACAGUGGCGCAACAAAAGCCACACGUUGUGCAAUCGGUGCGGAAAACGAUCUUACCAUACGCAAAAGAAACGUUGCGCUAGCUGUAACUUUCCGGCGGCUAAGAUGCGAUCAUUUAAUUGGUCUAAGAAAGCCAUUUCGAAACGAACAACCGGUGCUGGUCGCUUGCGUUAUCUUAAGCACGUUCGCCGUUGCAUGCGUAAUGGAGUCAACGCUCGAAAAACGAAGUAGUGAGGCGAAAGCAUUCAUGUCCUUUUGAUUUGAAACCUUACCGGUACUGAUCGGGAAGGCACAAGCCUACAGCAAGUAGCUAUGAAUAAACGUAGAAGGGUAAUGGAUCUUAAGGAUGUAUUUUUGUGUGUAUCAAAUGUCUC